AUGUAUCUAUCUAUCUAUCUAUCUAUCUAUCUAUCUAUCUAUCUAUCUAAGACUGUUCAAUAUCUAUCUGCCAUAGUGUGUUCAAUAUCUAUCUAUCUAUCUAUCUAUCUAUCUAUCUAUCUAUCUAUCUAUCUAUCUAUCUAUCUAGCUGAUAAGCUGAAAAAUUCCCACCGAGUAUGUAUGUUUGUAUGUAUGCAUCUAUCUAUCUAUCUAUCUAUCUAUCUAUCUAUCUAUCUAGUCUUUGGAACAAAUGAGGAUGGAGUGCUCUGUCUUUCUUUCUUUUUUUCUUCUUUCUUUCCGCCCGUUCUUUCUUUCUUUCUUUCUUUCUUUCUUUCUUUCUUUCUUUCUUUCUUUCUUUCUUUCUUUCUUUCCGCCCGCUCUUUCUUUCUUUCUUUCUUUCUUUCUUUCUUUCUUUCUUUCUUUCUUUCUUUCCGCCCGCUCUUUCUUUCUUUCCGCCCGCUCUUUCUUUCUUUCUUUCUUUCUUUCUUUCUUUCUUUCUUUCUUUCUUUCUUUCUUUCUUUCUUUCUUUCUUUCUUUCCGCCCGCUCUUUCUUUCUUUCUUUCUUUCAUUCUUUCUUUCUUUCUUUCUUUCUUUUAUGCUAAUCUAUCAAUUUAUCCUUUAUUACAUAAUUUCGUAAUAUCUUUCAUGUUCACAACUUUCUUUCUUUCUUUUUUCUUUCUUCCCUUAUUUUUUUUUAAUCUUUAUUAUAUUUCUUCGUUUCCGUUAUUUUUUGUUUACCAUUUUUUCGAAUUCUUCUUUUUCUUCUCUUUCGUUGUUUCUUUCAUCAAUUUUUUCUUGUUUCUUCCAACCUUCUUCUUUCUUUCUUUCUUUCUUUCUUUCUUUCUUUCUUUCUUUCUUUCCGCCCUUUCUUUCUUUCUUUCCGCCCUUCCUUCCUUUCUUUCUUUCUUUCCGCCCUUCCUUCCUUUCUUUCUUUCUUUUUUCUUUCCGCCCUUUCUUUCUUUCUUUCUUUCUUUCUUUCUUUCCGCCCUUCCUUCCUUCCUUUCUUUCUUUCUUUUUUUCUUUCUUUCUUUCUUUCUUUCUUUCUUUCCACCCUUUCUUUCUUUCUUUCGCCCUUCCUUCCUUCCUUUCUUUCUUUCUUUCUUUCUUUCUUUCUUUCUUUCUUUCUUUCUUUCUUUCUUUCCGCCCUUUCUUUCCGCCCUUUCUUUCUUUCUUUCUUUCCGCCCUUCCUUCCUUUCUUUCUUUCUUUCUUUCUUUCCGCCCGCUUUUCUUUCUUUCUUUCUUUCUUUCUUUCUUUCUUUCUUUCUUUCUUUCUUUCUUUCUUUCUUUCUUUCUUUCUUUCUUUCUUUCUUUCCGCCCUUUCUUUCUUUCUUUCUUUCUUUCUUUCUUUCUUUCUUUCGCCCUUCUUUUCUUUCUUUCUUUCUUUCUUUCUUUCUUUCUUUCUUUCUUUCUUUCUUUCUUUCUUUCUUUCUUUUCCCUUCCGUUUUUUUUUGUAAUUUUUACGGUUUGUGUUUCUUUUUUCCCGUUAUUUUCUUCCCUUCAUCCUUUUCAUUCAUCAUUUCUUUCAUUUUGCUUUAUUUAAUUUUGUUUCAUUCAUCAUUCUUCCUUUUUUCUUUGUGUUAUUUUUAUUUUUGUUGGACUCUUUCUGCCAUUUUUCUUUCAUUUAUUCUUUCUUUCAAUAUUGACAUCAUUUUUAUUUGCUUGUUGUCUCUUUCUUUCUUUCUUUCUUUCUUUCUUUCUUUCUUUCUUUCUUUCUUUCUUUUCACGUUCUCCGUUUACAUCAAUCCGCCCCAGGCUCAUAUUUUUAUUGCUGGUAAUAUUUCUUCUAUCUAUCUAUCUAUCUAUCUAUCUAUCUAUCUAUCUAUCUAUCUCAAUAGUGGCUUAUUAUCUCUUAAACGACGCCUCUCUUCACUGUGCCGUUCUUGA